AUGGCAGAGGCACUUGUUUCGAUGGUUAUGGAGAAAAUUCGAGAGGCACUUGUUUCAAAGGUUAUGGAGAAACUCGGAGAAGAGGUUGAUUCGCAUUCAACUUUGGUUAAAAAGUUCAAAGAUGUGGUUUACGAUGUGGAGGACGUGGUAUUUGAGAUGAUUCCACCCCCAGAAUCUGAAUCAGGGACCCAUGACGGUGACGAUCGGCAGCGCAAGGGAAAACGAAAGUGGUUUUCAUUCCUCAGAGAUAAGGUGCAGACAUUUAUCAGUAAAGUCGCAUCACAACGCGAUUUUGCUCGUCAGAUAAAAGAAGUAAGGGCGAAGCUGGAUCAGAUUGCAGCUGACACAAGUAAUUUCAGUUUUCAAUUGAAUCACAGUUUCCGUGGUGGUAGUGAGCUUCACAAGGCCGAGUCUCAAACGAGUUCGCUCGUAGACGAAUCACAGAUUCACGGGAGGGACAGAGACAGAGAUACCAUAAUAAGCAAGUUGAUAAGCGGGAGCAGUUGUGAGGAGGGACGGAUUCAUGUUAAUUCCAUCGUAGGCGUUGGCGGAUUGGGGAAGACGACUCUUGCUCAAUUGAUCUGCAAUGAUGAAAGGGUGAAGAACCAUUUCCAUAAGGUUUUAUGGGUUUGUGUUUCUGAUGAUUUUAAUCUCAUAAAUCUUACAAAAGCAAUUAUACAAGCAGCUGGAGGGACAAGUCCUUCUAAUUCUCACUUAGACUCAUUGCAAAAGCAGCUUAUCGAAACAUUACAGGACAAGCUAUUCUUGCUUGUACUUGAUGAUGUGUGGAACGAUGAUAGUGAAAGGUGGGAGAGACUAUGGCUUUCCUUGCAAAGAGGUGCUCCCGGAAGUAAGAUUUUGGUCACCACUCGCAGCGAGAAGGUUGCAAGUACAUGCAGUGAAUCCGCCUACAUGCAUAAAUUGGAAGGUUUAUCCGAUGAUGAUUGCUGGCUACUGUUCAGUAGCAGAGCUUUCGCUGGGAGGAAAGGGGAAGAUUGCCAGGCGUUGGAAAAGAUCGGAAGAGAGAUAGUGAAGAAGUGUAAAGGAGUUCCUCUUUCAGCAAAGGUAAUGGGAAGUGCGAUGUGUUCGAAGACGUCCACACAAGAUUGGCAGAAUAUCUUGGAAAGCCAAACAUGGGAAAUACCAGACAUCGCAAAUGGUAUCUUACCAGCUUUGUUGUUGAGCUAUUAUAAUCUGCCUCUCCAUUUGAAGCCGUGUUUUGCAUAUUGUUCAAUAUUUCCGAAAGAUCAUGAGAUGGGAAAGGAUAGAUUGGUAAAGUUGUGGUUAGCUCAAGGUUUCAUCAAGCCGCAGGGAAGAAGAGAGAUGGAAGCAAUUGGGGGAGAGUACUUUGAUGAUCUACUGAGGCGGUCUUUGCUUCAAGAUGCAUCUGUAGACAAGGAACGAGUAACUAUGUGUAAAAUGCACGAUCUCCUUCAUGAUCUCAUCCAAUUCAUUACAAAGAAUGAAUGUUGCAUCUUUGAGAAUGGAAAGUCGGACUCCAGCUCUGUACUUACAGUCCGUCAUUCAUCAUUUAUUGCCACCAGGGAAACCUCCCACAUUCCUGCCCCUCUAUGUCAUGCAAAAAAAUUGCGAACACUCCUCCUGAUCAGUGAAUCAGCAAUUCGUACCAUCCCUGAUAAUUUAUUCCAAUGCGCUAGGUCCCUUAGGGCAUUGGAUUUCGGUGGUACUCACACAAUUAUUAAAGAAUUGCCAAGCUCAAUUGGGUUGCUGAAGCAUUUACGAUAUCUUGACUUGUCUUAUUCGAAGAUAGUUGAGUUGCCGGAAUCAGUGACUCAUCUCCGCAAUUUGCAGACCUUGAUGUUGAAUUUUUGUACAGUACUCCAGAGACUGCCAAGUGGGAUGAGUGGAAUGGUCUGCUUGAGACAUCUAGAAAUUGAAUGCACAUGGGCACUAAAUUACUUACCCAAAGGGUUAGGGAGAAUAAGUUCCCUUCGAACGUUGCGUAGGUUUAUCGUGGGAGGCGACGUCAGAGGAUGUAAGAUUGGAGAGCUGAAGCGACUUGACUCUCUCCAAGGAAUGCUAAAAAUAGAACACUUGGAGAGAGUGGCAAGCAUGGAUGAGGCUAAGGAAGCACAACUGGAGAACAAGUUACAACUUCGCGUAUUGUUUCUAAAAAUGUCACCAGAUGAUGCUCUUGAAAUGUCGGGAAAUGGUGAGGUGGAGAGGAUGGAAAAUGUAGUUGAAGCCCUCCGGCCGCCACUUGCUAACCUAGAAGAGCUGGAAAUUAGGGGAUAUAUUGGUUCCAAGUUCCCAACCUGGAUAGGAGAUUAUUCAUCUUUCUCAAAGUUAGUCAAGUUGAAAUUAAUAGAUUGCAAUUACUGUACACAGUUGCCUGGGCUAGGGAGACUACCUUUGCUUAAAUACCUUCGAAUAGUGGCAGGUCUUGUAAAACGGGUGGGAAGUGAGUUUUACGGGAAUAGCAGUGGUGGGGGCAUAAACGGAGUGGCAUUCCCGAAGCUAGAAGAGCUCGAAUUCAGUAACAUGUAUGAAUUGGAGGAGUGGGAGUUGAGAUUAGAAGAUAGAGAGAUAAUGCCGUCUCUACACUCAUUAACAAUCAGCUACUGCCCGAAACUGAAGGCUCUGCCGUCACACCUCCCGAAAAGUGUAACGUCCCUUCGCAUCUGGGAAUGUUACGAAAUUAGUGGGAUGCAGUGCUCCCUACCGCUUGUUAAUUAUUUUGAAGUGACGUCGAGCAGUGGGAUUUUGUGGCCAUUACCAAACCUCCCAAGCCUCAAGACAUUUGAGAUCUCUUUUUUAGAAAACACGACAUGUCUCCCCUAUGGAUGGAAACAAUUGGAGUCACUAGAGACUCUUACUAUCAACUAUUGCUCUAAAUUGAGGUCUCUUCCUGAUGAUUUGGGACAGCUCAAGUCGCUUAGGAGUCUCCAGAUCACGGAUUGCCCCGAGUUGCGGUCAUUGCCUCAAGGGUUGCAAGGCCUUACCGAUCUCAAAAUCGACCACAGUCCAAUGCUGGCGGAGAGAUGCAGAGGGGAGGAUUGGAGCAACAUAUCACACAUCCCAAACAUUCAGAUUUAUUAG